CUCCGAAGUCUUUUCCAUAGAAUUAUAACAAUUUGUCCCACUCCUCAAAAGCCCAUAGGAAUGGAGUUUCGAACGGCCAAAGACUGUUACAAUUCGCAGCGGCGGCGGAGCUUCGAACGGCCGAGUUUCGAUCGGUCCGCAACGGCGGAGGUUGAUGAGCUGAAGUUGGGAUCAAAUGCUAGAGUCUCCCCUGCCACUUCAGAGUUGUUCUAUGGGGCCAAGCUGCUGAUCACAGAGAAAGAAUUGAUGAGUUCGAUGGGUUCGAAUUCGAAGUUGAAAUCUGCUGAAGAUGAUGAGCGUGCGGAGGAGAGCAGCGGCGUUGAGAUUGUCUCUGGACAUGUUUGCAAAAAUGCGGCUUCGGAAUCAACCAAUGGGGUUGAUGUUGAUCGUCAAAAGUCGAAUAGGAGGCACAAGAAGUGGAGCUUUUGGGGUUUGAUGCAGAGGAGAAGCGAGAAGAAAUGCGUAGACGAAGGAUCCGCGGAUUCUUGGCAGAAGCUGAGGAGGGUGGCCAACGGAGAAGAAGCCAACGCCUCCGUGAGUCAGAAGCUGAUUCGAAGUUACAGUGUCAGCUGCCGGAACCAGUGCAAAAUGGUUGGCUUGUUAAGCAAUGUGAAUGGUGUUGGUGCGGAAACUAAAAGCAAUGAAGUGAAGACUCUGCAGAGGAACAAGAGUGCUCGGUAUUCGCCGAGCAAUCUCGAUCACGGGUUGCUGCGGUUCUACUUGACGCCGUUGAGGAGCUAUCGGAGGAGUGAAUCGGGAAAGAGCAGGCCAGGCAACAACUCACAAUAUCUGUCCAAGAAUGUCUUGUAGAUGUCUUUGUUAUGUAGUAAAGCCAAAUUUUAGUGGAUUUUCUUGUUUUCUGAGGAACACAAACACUUCCCCUAACGGUUUUUUCCUGACAAUGCCAAAAUUGCCAAUAAGGCAAUAAUCUGAAUUUGAGGAGUUUGUAAUAAUACAAUUUAGUUUGUUUAUCUUUGAAA